CGACACUCGACCUCUGCUCGACUCGCUCAUCCGCGUCCUCGCCGCCCUCAACGCGCAGCGACCUCGAACCCUCGCGACAAGGCGUGUCAAUCUCAACGAGUGAGACAAGUGUCGCCCACACUAUGGACGAGGACCCGCAACAGUUCGUGCAUGCCCAGCUGCCCGUGCACUCGCAGUAUGACCGAGACAGACUGUGAGUACCAUCCUUUCGUUCCGAGCUCUCCCCCGCCGGCAGACAUCUCGGGGACAUGCGUGCAUCCUGGGUGUCAUCUUCGUGUCGUGGAAGACGCGUUGUCGUGGUGUAGGUUAUACACUGCCAGACAAGCGGGAGAGCUCUACCCCAGCCCCAGCCUUCAUCCACACGCAACGACCUUAUGCCGGACGCUGACACUUAAACCCUUCACGCGCCCGCUAAUCUCAUUCAUCGCUCGAUUCCCCACUCCCUCCUCCGACACCAACACUUUGGCCACCAACCGAUGGAUUGGUACCGUAUGAAUAGCGAGUACGAGCUCGUUGUUCGGCAGGAACCAAAGCAGGCCCGGAUGUGCGGCGUAGGAGCCGACCGCCGUCCAAUCGACCCGCCGCCCAUCGUCCAGCUUCGUGUCCUCGACCCUUCACAACGCAGGCCAGGUGGAGACUCCCGGCCAAGCUCACCCGGUGAGUGGCUCAGCUUUGUCGUGAUUGUCCUCUCCUCCCUCUCUUCUCUGUCUGGACAUUGUUGUACAAAUGCGCCCGGCGCGCCAUAUCCCAGCGCUACAUACCCCUGUACGUCCAUAGGAGAGGACAUUAAUUGCUUAUGUCACGUAUUGCUGUCGUAUAAUCCGACAUUCCGGGACCCCUAUGUCCAGGGCGCGUCCCGGACGCGUCCCCCGCCCGAGAGUUUGGCUGUAGAACCGAGCGUACGGGACCGCACUACGCGCACGUGUCCCGCGCGUUUCAUUCCCCGCACAUCGUUCUCGUUCGCUGUUGCUUCCCAUGUACGGUACCGCACCCCCGGGCUUGGCUAGCUGACGCACAUGUAC